AUGAAUCCGAUAGUCCCCGGAGUUAUCUUUGCCGGACACGAGGGCGAUGAAAGCAAGCACCCCGAGUGGGCCAAAGACGGUAGCGUUAUGGUCUUUCGUAUCUAUGAGCAGCUGGUCCCCGAAUUCUACCACUGGUGUGCUCGAAAUUGUCCCAUUGCUGCGGAAGAGGCGAAGAAGGCUAUAGAACAGGGGAAAGAGAUUAAGUGGUCUGAAAAGGCGAUGGAUCAAAUGGGUCUUUUUUCCUCGCGACUGAGGAAGUGUCCAUAUGCAUCCCAUAUACGCAAGACUGGCCCUCGGGAUGACUAUCCCGAUUAUACCAAGCACUUAAUGAUGCGCCGAGGAAUCCCUUAUAGGCCAUGUGGCUCUACACAGCAUGAGCGUGGCCUGCUGUUUGUGAGUUAUCAGAGUAGCAUUGAGAAUAGGUUCGUCACGCAGCAAAAACGGUGGGCCAAUGCUUCCGAUGGCCUAACGGACAAGGCAAAGCACAAUGGAGGAGUCGGCCAGGGGAUUGACCUCUGA